UGUCAGUGUCAAGUCAAAGAAAUUUUGGCACGAAAACGAAAUGACGAAUAUGAAAAGUAUUAUAAGAAAUAAUAAGUAAUAAGUAAUUAAUUUUAAUAAAUACCUUUACAAUGAACACAAACGAAAAUACAAUUAAUAGUUUCGCUAGCACUCUAAGAAACCACCAUCCACAAAGAACAUUUUCAUUGUACGGUGAAAAUAAAAACAAAGGUAGUGGUCAACAAACAUACGAAGUCAAAGACGUGAUAAUAGGCGUAGUUAAUCAAUUAAAAGCUAUACAGAACGCUGAUAGUGUGAUAACACGUUCAAAUGUGAGAAGUAUCCCAAAUACAGUAAAAAAGUUGAAGUUCUUACCUAUUCGUAUGGUUUCAGUGGAACAACCCCAAAAACAAAUACAAUCACACAAAUUUGAAACACAAUGUGUGUUGGACACCCAGCUGAUUGAUAUAAUUGAAAAUGCAGAGGCAAUUAUAGAUGCAGAGAAGGGCAUAACACAAGAGUUUGAUACUACUUUCUGUCAAAAAGAUCUAGAUAAAUUUAAUAAUAAACCUGUGGACGAGGAAGUUAGUAAUAUAAAGAAUGACAUAGAAAAUAAUAAUUCUAACAAGGAAAAUAAAUCAAGUCAGCCUGAGAAUAAUGAAAGAAAUGAUGUAUUGUCUUAUAUACCUACCCUUUUUGAUGAUAUUAAAUGGGCAGAUAAUAAUGGAGAGUAUGGUAUUACACAAGAAUUUGAAAAAACUUUUUGCAAUAAAAAUCAAGAUGACAAUGUUGAGAAUAAAAUGUAUGCAACCUUGAUAAAAAAUAAUAAUCAUGAAGAGGAUCUUAUUGAAAAAACAGAUCAUGCAAAUACAUCUAAAGCUGAAAUGGAAUAUCUUGAGAGUAAAAAUGAGCAACACAAUCCUUAUAUUGGUAAUAAAUGUGAUACCUUACAAGAAAAAUCUGUUAUUAAUCCUACCAUCAACAAUUUGUCUUCAACUCAUGGGGAAUGUGAUAAAAUUGAUUUACAGAGUAGUGUUUAUUUUGAUACUUAUGAAGAUGAUAAUAACAACUACAGUUCACAUGGAAUGGUUAAUAGUUCUAACACAGAAGCACCUAAAAGCCCAAUUUUAAAUAAAAUCCACAAAAAUAAAUCAAACACACCAUCACCUAUUAUAUUUAGAUUAGAAUCAUUUGAAAAAUUUGAAAGUAUUGCAUUGCCUAUUAUAGAAAACUAUGAUUUUGAAACUGCAAAGAAGGUCAUAAAUUCACAAAUUUAUGACAAAGAAUUAUUCAUUCAUACAAAUGCCCCUUGCACUGUAUUACAUGAUAGAGAUAAAGAUAAACAAAAGAAAAGCCCUGUUCUUAAAUUUGAGUAUUCAGAGAAACAAACAAUCAAUCAAAUUACAAUGAAAGAAGAUAUUGAUUUAGAAGAAUUACCUUCUACAUGUGCUUUAUUGGACAACAAGUCUGAAAUUUUAGGCGAAUUAACGUAUGUCGGAUUUCAAACAGCUAGCAAUAAGUCUAUUCAAGUAUACAGUGGUUCAUAUAACAAAGCAAAAACUAUUUUUGAUAACAUUGAUACAGAAUAUGUGCCAGAAACUAAACUUGUGAGCAAUAUGGACAGUGAUACUAAAAUGAAUACUAACAGACGUGUUCUAGUCAAUUUCAAUAAUACUACGAACACCAAUAAAGAGAUUAAAAUUUGUUUUGAUAAUCCAAAUUUAAUACAGGAUGCUAAUAAUGUUUACAAUAAUGAAGAUACAAUUAAAAAUAGUUCCAAAAUGCAUCAAAAAGAUGUUCUUCAACUUCCAAACAUAGCUAAAGUGAAUGACGAAAAAUAUGAAAAUUUAACAGAAUAUUUACAAAUCGAUAACCAUAUCUUAGAAGAGUUUGAUAUAGAUUUAGUAACAAACACAAACUUACAGACUGCAAAAUCUGAUCAAGAUGACGUUACACGUUGUGGAACAAAGCUUAUCAAUGUUGUGGCUAAAGAACCGGUAUUAAAUAUGAAAGCAUCUAAUAAUAAUUUUGUAGGAUUUAGAACAGCUAAUAACAAAAUGAUAAAGAUUUCCGCUCACGCUUUAGAAAAAUCUAAAAGAAUUUUCGAUGACAUUGACAAUAAUGAUACUCUUCAACAUAAACAUGAUAGCUUUGAAGACUUAGAUUAUUUACGUAAAACUAGAAAUUGUUCAGAAGAUUUUCAUUCUAUAAAAUCUGCCUUAAAUGAAAAAAAUCAAUCAUUUAGUCUAAAAGAUGAACAAUAUGUCAGUAAAACUGUGGACAAAAAUGCAUUAAAAUUAUCGAAAACAGGCGCUUUUCAAAUUAAAAAAGGAUUAGAUAAAAAUGGUUGUGACAAAGAGAACAAAGAAAACGAAACUCAAAAUAAUAAUGAAACAUCUAUAUCCUUUGAAAUGGAUACGAAAGAUAGUAGAAGAAAUAUUAUAAACCAAAGUAAACCUACACUUAAAAAGCCUUUCAAUUUUCCAUGUGAUGAAGUUUCUAAUGCAUUCAAAGGUUUUACUACUGCAAGUAAUAAGCCAAUAGGUAUAUCUGAAAGUGCAUUAGCCAAAACCAAAACGUUAUUUUACGAUAUUUAUACUAACGCAGAAAUAUCUGACAGUGUUGUUAAAAUUCCUUCUUGUGAUACUAAAGUUGAGCCUCGUAAAGAUUUCCAAGGAUGUGCAACUGCAAGUAAUAAACCAGUAGCAAUAUCUGAAAAUGCAUUAACUAGAAGCCAAAAAGUUUUUCAAGAUAUUGAUAAUAAUGAAGAAUUGUCUGAUGUUGUUAACAUUCGUACCUAUCAUGCCAAAUCUGAGCCCAGUAAGGUAUUUCAAGGCUUUACUACUGCUAAUAAUAAACCAGUAAUUAUAUCUGAAAGUGCAUUAGCCAAAACUAACAAGUUAUUUCAUGACAUUGUUGUUAAUGAAGAACCAUGUGAUGUCUUAAGGAUACCCGCUUGUAAUACACAAGAAGGUCUUGGUAAGCUAUUCCAAGGAUUUCCAACAGCAAGUAACCAAGGCUUUGCGACUGCUAGUAAUAAACCAGUAAUUGUAUCUGAAAGUGCAUUAGCCAAAACUAAAAAAAUAUUUCAUGAUAUUGUAGUUAGUAACGAAUCGUGUGAUAAUCACUCAAUACCAGCUUGUGAUACAAAAGAAGAGCUUGGUAAGGCAUUCCAAGGAUUUUCAACAGCAAGUAACCAACCAGUAGCUGUAUCUAAAGAUACAUUAGCAAAAACUAAGAAGCUAUUUCAAAACAUUGAUGUUAAUGAAGAAAUAUGUGACAAUGAUUUUAGAGUACCUGCUUUUGAUUUAAAAGUAGAGCAUAAUAAGGCAUUUAGAGGUUUUAAAACUGCAAGUAAUAAAUCUGUAAAUAUAUCUGAAAGUGCAUUAGUGAGAAGCAAAAUAUUACUUCACGAUAUUGAGAAUAAUGAAGAAUUGUCUGACACUAUUAUUAAAAUACCAGGUUUCAAUACAAAAGUAGAGCGUGGUAAGACAUUCCAAGGUUUUUCAACAGCAAGUAAUAAACCAGUAGCUAUAUCUGAUAGUGCAUUAGCCAAAACCAAGAAGAUAUUUCAAAACAUUGAUGUUAAUGAAGAAAUAUGUGACAAUGAUUUUAGAAUACCUGCAAAUGAUUCAAAAGUAAAGCCUUUUAAUUCAUUCCAAAGUUUUACAACUGCCAGUAAUAAACCUGUAAAAAUAUGUAAAAGCGCAUUAGCAAAAAGUAAAAAGAUAUUUCGAGAUAUUGAUACUGAAAUAAUUGAGGAUAUAAAAGAGGAUAUUUUUAAAACACCUUUUUGUAAAAGGGACACCAAUUCUUGUUCUCAAAGACUAAAAACUGCGAAUAAUAAAGCUAUACCACUAUCGGAAAAACACUUAGAAAAGUAUAGAGAUAUCUUCCGAGAUAUUAAUAUUGAACACAAGGAUGUUAAAGAUACAUGUGAUGAUUUUGACAAUUUACCAGAAGGAAAACAACCUUAUAGAUUUGAAAAUCCCGAUAGUCAAAAUUUUGUCACGGCAGGCAGUAAGCCACUUAAAAUUUCUGAAAAUGCUCCGGCGAAAUCAGAAAAGAUAUUUGAAAGUAUGGAUAUCGAUUUUAAAAAUAAACAAACGGGUGAAUAUAUAAAAAACCAAAUGCAAACAGCAAACAAUUCACCUAUAAAUAUUUCUGAAGAAGCUCUUAAUAAGUGUAGAAACUUAUUUAAUGAUUUUGAUGAAUCAUUAAUAGCUAAUACUGAUUCAAAGCUAAAUCUAGAUGGCAUUACUUCUGAAAAUGGUAUACUAGAAGAUUUUAAUACAGAGAUAAUAAAAGAUUUUGAAGAAACAUUUUGUACUGAAGAUUUUGUAAAAAAGAACGAGAUAACAAAAAGCAAAAGAUCUGGCAGUCCAAUAUUGUUAUGUCCUAAAGCAAAGAAACAAAAAAAAAUCGAAACACCAUUUAUAACCAAAAAGUUUGUAGCACCAAUUAAAAUUAAACCUACCAUCAUAGCUGAUCCAAUCAACAAGUAUAAGUUCAGUGAUGAUUAUAAGAAGAAUAAGAAAUAUAUUUUAAAAGAAAUCAAUGAAAUUGAGAAACUUGCUGAUAUCAAAUACAUAGAUCCUUAUGUUUUAAAUUUUAAAUUAGACACAUUGCUCAAUUUUGAGUUUAAAGGCAAUAGAAAUGAUGUAGACAAUGAUACAGACAUAUGGCCUACAGAUAAAAUAAAAAGAUUGUUUGAGAAUUCUGUAAACAAAAGAAUCAUUCCUGAUGGUUGGAUGUACAAUCAUUUGAAACUAAUAAUAUGGAAACUUAUUUGUUAUGAAAUUAGAUUUCCUGAUGUAAUGAAGAAUAUUUGUACCAUUAGAAAUGUAUUGGAACAGUUAAAGUAUAGGUACAAGCGGGAAUUGUAUAAUGUUGAAAGGCCAGCAUUGAGAAAGAUUCUGGAGAGAGACGAAGUGUCUACAAGAAGAAUGAUUUUGUGUGUGGCCGGCCUGUCUGCUGAGGGGGCUGAAUUGAUAAGUGUUCCAAAUGACAUACAAAACGUGGAACUGUUGCUAACAGAUGGGUGGUACUGCGUAAAGGCGACCACUGAUAGGAUGAUUGCCCGGCUGGUGUGUGAAGGGAAAAUAGGCGUUGGCACGAAGUUAGUGAUACAUGGCGCUGAGCUGGCGAACUGUGAUCAAGGCAUCGCGCCUUGGGAGGAUACGUCGUUAGUACGUUUAAAGAUAUCGGGCAACUCGACACGACGCGCGCGGUGGGACGCUCGACUCGGUUUCCAUGGCAACGGCGCCAUCUUGACGCGGCUGUCAAGUGUCAAGCCGGAGGGCGGGAGGAUAUCGCACCUCAGAGUACUCGUCACGAGGGUCUACCCCACUCUGUACAUUGAGAAGUUCCCAGAUGGCAGCACGUUGACGCGCUCUGAACGUUUAGAGAACAACUACCAGAUGAAAUAUGAAACGGAGCGACAGAACCAGUUAGAGAAGUUGUACGACGAGUUGGAAAGAUUCUCUGAUCAGGAAUCUCAGGACUCUGAAGGGCAAUGCGCCGACGACAGAGCGAUGGACAGCGGCUCGCAAAUAUCAAGACUCAUGAAGAGAAGCAGAGAUCGGGAGGAGUUCAGAGCAAACCUCACAAGCACGCAAGCGUGUCUCCUCCAGCAACAUUCACUGAAGCAGAAGGAGAAGCUCGUGCAAGCGCUGCAGAGUAAAUUCACGGAGCUGGUGAAGAAGCGAGGCUUGGACACGCCCAGGAAUGUGGUGCCUUUGGUGAAGAUCAGAGCUGCUGAAGUAGAGACAACAGGAGUUAGUAAAGCAAUGAUCACCAUAUGGAAGCCCAGCGAAACAAUUCAAGACAUGCUUGCAGAAGGGACUUGGCUUGAUGUGUACAACGUGGUUCCCACAUCGGUUAGAUAUUCUGAGAUUCAAAUAUCAGCUGGUAGACAGUCGGUUUUCCAACGAUCGAAAUUAAAAGAAACUGAUAAACUAAAAAUCCUAGCACAAUCACUGAAAAGACAAUGCUACACUAUAAAAAACCUACAAAACCCAUCCAUUAACACAGAUUAUAAUGAAGUGGACACUGUAGGUAUAAUAUUUAUGAUAGAACCAAAUACAAUAGAGUUUGAAAUGAAAAAUCAGCCAUUUCAAAAUGUUUACCUAGCAGAUGAAGAUAAAAAUAUAAUCUGCGUCAACUUCUGGGGUGGCAUUAAGAAGUUCGGUUUCCAAAAUAUUCUGGAAGUGAAGCAAGUUGUAGCAUGUAUAAAUUUGCAGAAACGGGCUGGCAACACCAAAAGGAAUAUACCCCAGUACCGUGCGACCGAAUUCUCUUAUUUCACUAAGAUGUCAAAAAUGGAUUCAAUCAGAAAAAUGGCGGACAGUUUGGCGUCAAAAUUCAAUAGUUUAGAUAAACGAAAGUUUAUACAUGACUGUGUAGCUUUGAAGAAUAACUUUCACAGUAUAAAGUGUGGCAACACUUCACACAUUUCCCCAUACAGAUUAAACAUUAGUGAUUACAAUGUUUAUAAGAAUAAGGCAUUUAUAGACUCUCCUCUAGUUAAAUGUACAGAUAUCAAUUUGAAUCUAUCUGGGUUAGAUUUUGAGUCUACUUUUAAACAAGCCGACACUCAAGAUCUGUCACCUCAAGCGUUGCUCAGAAAACGGAAGGUCAAUGAAAAAAUUGCAAAAUUGAAAAUGUACGGUGAACCGCCUCCAUUAAGUACGAUACACAUAAUAAACAAAUCAAGUGACGCUGAGAAAGCUUUUAAAAGUCCAUUUGCGAAGAAUGACAUUUCUGCCAGUGUUGCCAAUCCAAAUGUUUUACCCGGAAACGUGGAAGAAGUCAGUUCCAACCUUGAUUGUAAUAUAAAUAAUGACACUAACACUUUACGCCCAAAUAAGGUUGUACAUAAAAUUGAUUCUAGCCCGAUAUUAAACAGAACUCAUGUAAAGCGAGCCAGUAUUAAUCCAGUAAAAUUAAACUUUUCUAAUGCCAUAGAUACUAGUACCAAAGAUCCAUUUGCUGAAGAUUUUGAAGGAAGCCCACCAUUAAGCUUAGAUGUAAAUUUUUUAACUUAAUGAGAAUAUUAUUAGUAUUUAAACACUAGAAUACAAUAGCUUUAUUAGUAGAUUUGGUUGUUGCAAACCCGAAAUCUAAAAAACUAUUUUUGUAAAUAUUAAGUUUGAGCUACCUUAUCCUAGAUUUUGUUUUUGUCUCUAUCCACAAACUGGUGAUUAACUAAUUAAUGCGUAAAAAAUGUGAUUUACAAAAUAAGAGAAAAAUAAUAAUUAUUAAUAAAAACUGAUUGUGUAAAAAUGUACAUUGUAAAAUAAAGUACCUACUGUUAUAUUUA